AUGUCGCAAAAUGUUGAGCACCACAUCGGACAGCGCCGUUCUUACGACGGCGCUUUAUGCACCGUCCGAUACAUUGGCCAAGUCGGCGGUACCAGCGGCGAAUGGUUGGGUGUUGAAUGGGACGACCCCUCCAGAGGCAAACACGAUGGCUCUCACAAGGGAGCCCGGUACUUCACGUGUCUAUCCAAGUCCCCCACGGCAGCCUCCUUCGUGCGGCCCACAAGGCCGGUCGAGAAGCCGCAGAGUUUCCUCGAGGCCCUUCAGCAAAAGUACGCCUCGGAGGUGACGGCAGACCACAAGCCCAUCGCACCGGGUCCGCAGAUUGUGAUCUCGGGCAAGGUUGCUGAGGAGAUUGGUUUCGACAAGAUCCGCAGGCAGCAGGCCCAGCUGAGCGAGCUCAAGAUCGUCAUCCUCGAUGGCAUGCGGAUCGUUGCGCCCUCGGUCGCUGCUGCUUCUGGUGGCCAGGAGACGAAGCCCGUCCGCGAGAUCUGCCCAAAGGUGACGGAGCUGGAUCUCAGCCGGAACUUACUGGCGGAUCUUGCCCCUGUGGUUGAGAUCUGUUCCGACUUGACUGAGCUGCGUGGUCUGAGGCUUAAUGGCAAUCGCUUUCUGGACGUGCUCCAAGAUGAAUCCUUAGUUGGCUCUGAGAAGGCCUUUAAGCGCGUCAAGGAACUCGCAGUCGAUGAGACCCUCAUGCGGUGGGACGAGAUAUGCCAUGUCGCCACCAGAUUUCUCAGCCUUGCUGCCCUUUACGCCAGCUCCAACCAGCUUUCCAGACUGUCACCUAUCCCAGCCUCUUCCACCCUCCUAGAAACACUCACGUCUAUCUACCUGGAGUUCAAUGACUUCACCUCGCUUUCUGACAUUGCUAGCCUCGCGGCUGUAACGGGCCUCCGAAAUUUACACCUCAAGGGCAACCGAAUCUCAGCCAUAUCAUCCGACACGACAGAGAACUUGCCGGCUUUCAGCAAGUCUCUCACGCACCUCGACAUCUCUUACAACAAGAUCCACAAAUGGUCCUUUAUCGAUGCCCUCCCGGAUACGUUCCCUGGCUUGGUGUCCCUGCGCCUGGCUCAUAACCCCGUCUAUGACAACCCGGGUGAAAGUGCCAAAGCCACGGUGACCGAAGAGGCUUACAUGCUGACCGUCGGCCGUCUGGGAUCGCUCAAGUCCCUCAACUUCAGCACCAUCACACCUGAGGAUCGCACCAACGCCGAGAUGUUCUACCUCUCCAGAAUCGGCCGCCAGCUCUCCUCCGUGCCGGACACGCCCGAGGACGAGGCCAGGGUGAUCGAGGGGCACCGCAGGUACCACGAGCUGUGUGAGCUGUACGGCGAGCCGGCUGUCAACCGGCGCACAGAGACCAACCCCAACUUUCUAGAGGCGAGGCUUGUGAGCGUCGUCUUCCGGUUUCAGCAUGAAGAGAAGCGUGCGCAGGUCCCCAAGUCGCUCGAUAUCUACGCCGUCAAGGGCGUUGCCGGCAGGCUCUUCGGGCACCCGCCGCUCAAGCUGCGCCUCAUCUGGGAAACUGGAGAAUGGGACCCUGUGGCGGGCUAUGACGAGGAGGUCGGCGACAGCAGCGACGAUGAGGAGGAAUCAGUCCAGGAGCAGGUGAAGACGAAGGAGGAGGAGGAGAAGGAGAAAAAGAAGGAGAUAGGUGUGGAGGAGCAAACACGGCCCAUGAACAGAGCUGCCAGAUGGGUUAAGAGGGAGGUCGAGCUGAACGACUCGCCUAGACAGUUUGGAUUUUGUGUGGAUGGGCUGGAUGUCACAAUCAGGGUAGAGCCGCGAUAGACAGAAAGAGAGAGAAUGACAAAGCAUAGGCACUGUAGAGCACGAUGAACAUAAGACAAGAC